CCACAUGUACAACUUCUUGCGGGGUCUGGACCCAGGCCUUUAUGACGAGGUUUACACUAUGGAGCCCGGCAACCUUACCACUGCUAUCCAGAAGGCUGUUUACGCCAGCGAGAGGGCACGCUACCACUGCGCGGGUCGCCAUGCGCACCCCCGUGGUGGCAGGCAGCCGCCACUUGGCUACCUCAGCCCGGACUACUGCGAGCAGGUGGAUGAGCGGCGACAACCACUAAGGGGUUAUGACCACUGGGAUGGGCAAGAUGCUCAGGACGGCCACUACACCAAGCAGCGGCUGCCCAGGACCGGCUACUACGGCCCAAGCAGGCGGGCGUGCGCCAGCCCCUCCGACUCGGACUACGAGGCCAACAGCGUUGUAGAGCCACCGAGGAGCCUCGAGCGAAUACCAGAGGCGUGGAAAUUCCUGGAGCGGCCGCGGGAGUCUGCAUGCGUCGCGCAGACCUCACCAGCAACAGGCAGGGACGAGGACCGACCCCCCAACUUUGGCGGCCCAGAACUUCCUCACCAGACACCCCCUUAAAAAACUAAAAGUACGUGCAUAAUGCUCUCCUAAAGCUCUGUAAUUUUGAGCAUGGGGUAAGAAUCUGAGCUUUCUACCCCCCCCCUGGGAGCAAAUGCAGUGUUUACGCAGGCCACGCGCCAGCGCCCUUUCCACCCCGGCUUGGAGGCCCAGGAGGGGGCGCUGGCGGUAGUGGUAGGAGGCUGCGGGCAGGAGGAAAUAGUUGCAACUGAGGGCAGUGGUGUUUGUGAGGUAUGGGACCCAGGUGGCGCCCACAUCUUGGUGCAAGGCACCACAAGUCCACAACCGCACGAUGUCUACGGUGCAACAGCACUUGGCUGGAUUGGGAUUCGGUACGGAUUCGGAUUUGGGGAUUUGGGGGGAUUUGGGGUUUUGAGUUCCAGGAUGUACUUUGGGGAUACGGGUUUCCCUAAAUUCAGGGCCGUAACCAGGGAUGGAACGGUACAGUGGGUGGUCAUCCUGACCCCUCCAUGGGGCCAUAGAGUUGUGUACUUGUCUGGUUUCGGGUAUGUGUUUGGAGCAGGGGCAAUUGGUGCGUGUUCCCACCCCCAGCAAGUGCAUGGGUAGGUGCCCACAAGGGGCCCUAACGGUUCCUUUGUCACCAGAACGGAUUGUCCGGGAUGCGUUUGAUGUUGGUAAGCUGGGGUUCAAAACGGCAUUUGGAUGUUGUAUUUUGAUAUUCGGUGUUUGUAUGAAGGGCAUGAGCGAGUAGGCACCCUAGUCGGUUGCCACUGGGGCUGCCUAAGGGGGUAGGUGUUGAGACCCUUUCAAGGGAAUAUUUGGGUUCGGGUUCAAGAAAGUGCAGGUUCCUUUCGCAGUCUAAGCUUUGUCCACGUCAUGGUAGAAAGGGUUACGGUAUGUGGUUCCAUGCACGAGUUGUAUGCGUGGGUUGGGGGUUUGCGUAGGAAGGUGCGUGUGUUGAAGAUGUGCUGCCGCCUGCCGCCUGCCGAUUCAGCAGCAUCAGCAACUGUACCCAAAGCCGUACGGGUCUCCCUGAUUCAGGGCCGUACGGAGAUACAGCGCGAGGGGUUGUCUUCCUGGCCCGUUUGGUUUGCGUGUUUGGUUUGACUGACCGUGUAGGUUUGCUGUGGAAAUCCUGGAACCAGUAUGUGGGUGAUAAGCGGGGUUUUUGGAUGGGAUGGCACUUCAGGGAUUGCUUAUGACGAGAUCGUGGUGAAGGGACAUCGCAACUGUUGUGUGGGCAACCCCAAGGGAAUAUCUGUAGGGGAUUACUAAUGGUUUGGGCGGCCAGUGGAGUGGGCCACUUCAGGGCAGCAUUUCAUGGAGCCCGCAUAAAGUGGGGAAGGGAUCUGCGUCUGAUAAGGGAUAUAGGGGCUGGUUUAUUGAAUAAUAUAGGGCGCGGGUCUCCCCGGCUGGCGCCACUCGGUGCCGAAGGGGCCGCACUGGGGCGCGCGGCGUAGGUGGGGGCGAACCGACAGCUGUAGGUGCAAAGCACGCGGCACCUCCUGUCCGCGCCGGUACACGUUUUGUACCAGCCCUCACCAGCCACGCGGCCCGCUAAAUUGCUGAUGAGCAGCGUGCAAAAGCAAUGAGUGCUGGUUUCUAGCAUGGGGUAACACGGAAAGUCGGGAUGUGCGAGGGAUGCGGCCGCUGCAGUGAUGGGCACACGCAUCGUCGGUCCAACCUGGAACGCGAGGCGUGAGCCCGUACCCUUUUGUACUAUGUUUACCAUCAAGUUGAUUAUGCGGGGAAAUACGAAUGGACUGUACAGAGCAACGACGUGCGAGACAGGGCGAAUUCUGGAUUCCGCGAAGCAGACGGUCAAGCAAAGGGC